AAAAACCGAGAGAUCGACCAGGGAGAGAGGUUGUUAUUAUUUAUUUAUUUUUUCUGAUAACAAGAAGGAAGAUUGUUAUCGUUUUCGUCAUGUGAAUCUGAUCGAAAUGGUUGAAUAGGUAGUGAGGAAUUCCAUUUUUUGAGGGGGAAGGGAAAAAGAGAAGAAGGUAGAGGAAAAAGAGGAAGGAAGUGGCGAUGAAGGGGGGUGGUGGUGGUUCACUUCCUGCGAAGAGGGCUUGGAGAGGGCUUGGAGUGGCAGUGCUUGGCCUCGUUAUCCUCUCUAUGCUCGUCCCCCUCGUCUUCCUGCUCGGCCUCCACAACGGCUUUCACACGACUGGAUAUGUAACCGAAGACCGAAGUCCUGCCUCAGACUUUGGAAGACAUGAUCCAUUGGAGCUCAGUAAGACUCAGAAUCAGUCAGAGGUAAUAAGUCUCAGUUGGACUAGGAGAAUAUUUCCGUCACAGGAGUCUCGUAAUCCAAAUCGAUCAGCACAUCUGGAUGAUAUAAUGAAAAGAUUGGGGCCAGCCUUUUCAAAGGUUGCUUCACACUCUUUUGUUGAUUCCUUUGCAAUUGUAUAUUCUUUCUGUAAAACACUGUUCUCUUGUAAGCAUGGUUUUAGGUAUCUGUAUCGGAUUGGCUGUAUCAUAUCGGUAUCGGCUGAGACCAAUCCCGAUACCUGGCCGAUUCCGGAUCGGAUAUUGUAUCGACAUCGGGGAUAAAAUCGUCAAAAAACUUAAUUUUUAUAAAAAACAGGGGUAAUAUUGACCGAUCCAAACUGAUACAGCCGAUCCCGGAUCAGUAUCUUAUCAGUAUCAGCCGAUACCGAUACCGAUACCGAUACCGAUACCGAUACCGAUACCGAUACCGAUACCGAUACCGAUACCGAGAACUAAAUCCUUGUUUGUAAGUGUUUUGCUUUUGGUACUUACUAAUCUGUUGAAAGACAAGAAUAACAAAUUUUAUCUUGGCAAUGCUCCUGCUUUGUUUGUUGAGUUGCUCAAAAUGUUCAGCAAUGCAUUCAUAGAAAUGCAAGUUGGGCAGUUUUGAGCAAGCAAUCAAAAGUUGGUUUUUGUUCUUGUGAGAUGCAAAUAUGGGGGGAUGUUGUAACAUCAUGGAAAUGAAGUCCUAUAGAAAUGAUAGAAGUUUAAGAAUGACACUUUAGGAACUAAUAGAAUGAGUGCCAAAACAGUGAAACACAUAAGGGAACAAGUACAUAGGAAAACAGCCAUUUGUAAUAGUUUGAGGAGAUCAAAUGCACUGUGAUUGAUUACACCAUGUUGCUCAUUUUCAGAUUAGCAAGGUUAUUUUGUGCCUAAAUAAUGUGUUUGAUGCUGAAGUUGUGUAUUGAAGUGAUUCAUAUCACAUUGGUUGUCUUUUAGCUUUUUCCCCCCUAGUGUCUAUCAUUGUCUAUUUAUUAAGGAUUAAAUACGUGUUUCUGUGAAAUAAAAAUACAAUAUAUUUUGGAAAUCUUUUUUGGUAGAUAAGAUAUGCUGAGAACAUAAAUGAAAUAGUUAUGUUUUAUGCCCACACCUCAUAUUCUUAGCUAGGUGGAAGGCUGAUCUGGUUAUGGUUCAAGGUUUCCACCGAUAUUGUCGAAAUGUGGGAAUUUUGACGGUAUCCCAGGGCUCCGAUGCCAAAUACCAUUUGACUUUUAGAAGUUACUAGUUUUGACCAAAAUUACCGCAAUGUGGGAAUUUUCGAGUGGACCAAUGGGUCAACCUUUGUAAAAUCUUCUUAAAUGGGAAGCCAAGCCUUCUUAUUUCAAAAUUUCAACCCUCUUCCCAUAUUUCUUCUCUAUAAAGUGGGAAAACACUCAAGAUUUUUUCCUUGUGCAGUCAAAUCUUCAUUUUAAGCUUGGAUCUUGCACAUUCAUAGCAAAUCUACCUAAGGAAGGGAGCUUGGACCAAAAAGAUAAAUCCCUCUCCCCUUAUUUCUUCUCUAUAAAGUGGGAAAACACUCAAGAUUUUUUCCUUGUGCAACCAAAUCUCCAUUUUAAGCUUGGAUCUUGCACAUUCAUGGAAAAUCUACCUAAGGAAGGGAAUUUGGAGCCUUGGACCUAAAAGAUAAAUCCCAUUUUCCCCAAACCUUGUGUGCCAUCCUUCGAGAACACUGGUUCAUUUGGAUAUGGUUGUGGGUAUGGAUAAUAUGGUGGAUUUUUUACUUCAUUUGGACAAGAGGGUAGUUCAGGUGGUGGGUAAUCUUUUGUUGGUAGUAUCCUUGGGUAUCCAUCCCAGCCUUGUGUGCCACAUCCACAUCUUAUCAUUGUUACUGAGCUAUUCCCUAGGCUGGGAGGGAUAUCUAGCUGAUGUUGAUGAGGCAUCUUAUAAAUGGGCAGUGAUGGACUACCAAAACAAUUGGGCCAAAAACAUAUUAUGAGACUUAUAUGUGGUGCAUUCAGAGGAGCGGCUACGACAUCUGCAAUGGUACACAACUCAUGGACUGGAGCCUCUUAGACACUCUACUUGGAACUGACUGUUGAGACAUAAGACUUGGGAGUUAACUCACAUUUAUGUAAUAUUAUUAUUUAAUUUGGAUCCUUUACAUUAUGUUUUGUUUGUUUUAAACUUUUAAUUAUGUAUUUCACAUUUUUGGUUAGUAAUUUAUAUAUGUACUUAUGUAGUAUAGUUUCAGUCAACGACUCAACAUACAUUAGCAACUUUGGUUAAUACUACAAGUACGACUUUAGGUGUUUUUUUUUUCUAUGAAACUAAUUAUGUGAAUGGGUUAGAAAUGUCUAAAAUAUUUCUUACACAAUAAAUAGGUAAAAAAAAAACAUAUUUUGGGGGUCGAAACCAAAGUUUCCAGCAAACCGGGAAAGUUUCCUUGGUUUCCUCAAAAUUUUUCAGAUUUUGACUGAAAUUUUAAUCUCCCCAAGGGUCGAAACCCGAUAUUUUGAACCUUGGAUCUGGUCAAUAUGACUAUUGGAUUUGGAGUACACCCUUGAAUUAGCCAUAGGUAAAUUUCGGGUCCCAUCUCCACCCUUUGGUCCUCCACAAGGUUUUAAGUAUCGGUAUCAUAUCGAAUGGGUGAUUUUAAGAUGUAUGUAUAUUGUAUGGGAGAUGUGCUAAAGAUACACAUAGAAAUACACUUUUGGAGCAAAAAACACUAUAAGUAAGCAAUAUAUAACAUAUAUCAUGUGAAAACACUAGAAAUGAGAACAACGUAUCACGAGACAAAUGCAUUCAUUUGAAAUUUUAUAAAGGAUGAGGUUUCUUACAUGUAAUCUAAUACCAUAAAGAGUCUUACAUGUGGUAGUAGUCUAAUACCAUGAGAGCGUUGGGAUGGUUCAAACUUGGAUGUGGAAGAACAUAAGCACAUUACUGACCCUAGUCGAAAUACCGAUGGUAAUCCGUCUCCCACUCAUAGUAUAAUCACAUGUAUGCGCUGGAGUGGCCAAUGUCAUUAAAGUACCGAGUUGUGGUUGUGCUUGACCAUGCCCAUAACCCGAAGAAGCCCCAUGUCCAUAGCUCGAAGAAGCACAUGAAGAAACAUUUUAUCCAUGGUCUAAUGAAGCACCAAUGUGAUCUGAAUUCACGCUCAAUGACCCCGUGCCCCUCAUAAGCACAUCAUCAUCAUGUGGUGUUAGACUAAUACAGUAAUACUACCACACUACCACCACCACCAUCACCAUCACUGCAAUCAUUAUCACACAAUCCUGUUGGGUUCCUCCACACUGAGCACCAGACGUUGUCCUUCUAUCACCAUCAUCAGAGCUAUUGGUGUUUGGGUUUUAUGCUUGUGUAUAUGAUGGUGCUUGUGUUUCAUCAUCGUUUGUUUAUCUAAUGAUGUUCUCUAUGAGUGGAUCAUGUACAGUUGUGGACACAUAGUUUUUAAGGCGCUGCUAAGGCGUCG